GUUCGAUACCCCACGAGAACUGGGCCCCUGACAAACGGAUACGGCUAUGAGCUACGACGGAACUAAUGGUACUGAAAUGGACACUUCUGAUUCAAGAAAAAGACCUUUAGACGGAGAAACAGAUAAUGGGGUCACCAAGAGAUCUAACCAGGGUGGAGGUCAGUGAAUGAUACGAGUGACAUCCUCUUCGUUUGGACUCGUUUCUGUGCAACACACCCACUUGCAAGCCUCAGUGGCUGUUGGUGUGAUCGGCGAUCUUCUGCCCACGUGUCAAAAGCAACUCAUCCUGAUGUUUUAGCUUUUGCUCUUGGUAACUAGAGCAUCAUAUUACAGUUUUCUUCAUAACAUUUGCACUGGGUCAUCAAGGCAGAUUGGGGCUGCCAAAAAUAGUUUCUCCAGACAGGAUACCUGGGAUUUACAGGACACCAUACUGCAGAAUGAGUGAACUUGAGGCCAGGGUCUUUCAAGUCCUUCACUAUGGCAACACAUCUAGUAGUACAUGGCAAACCAAUUCAGAAGUAAUGCAAGUUACAAGUGAAGGAGAUGCCUCAGUAUCUGAUACGGGCAGAGACAAUAUACAUCUCAAGAUUCUAGUGCCUAGUGUGGCAGCUGGAGCCAUUAUUGGGAAAGGAGGUGAAACUAUUGCCCAGAUUCAGAAGGAGGCAGGAGCACGGGUGAAAAUGUCAAAAGCGAAUGAUUUCUACCCAGGAACAACAGAGCGUAUUUGCUUGAUAAUGGGUGCUCCAGAUGCUGUGAGGCAAGUGAACAAUUUUAUUAUGGAAAAGAUAAGAGAGAAGCCUGAGUCCAACCCAACUACGCCAACAAAACCUGAUGAUGCCAAAAAUAAUUUUGAGAGGCAUCGGCAGGUAAUUGAGGUGAAGAUACUGAUUCCCAACAGUACAGCUGGAAUGAUCAUUGGCAAAGGUGGAAACUAUAUAAAACAGAUAAAAGAAGAAAGUGGGGCCUAUGUACAAAUUUCGCAGAAGUCUAAGGAGACCAAUCUUCCAGAAAGAUGUGUAACUGUAGCAGGUGAACUUGAUGCCAAUAUGAAAGCCAUGGAUUUGAUUCUGCAAAAAAUUGUUGAAGAUCCUCAAAGCAGUAGUUGUCCAAAUAUAAGUUAUGCUGAUUACACAGGGCCAGUAGCAUCAGCCAAUCCCACAGGAUCACCCUUUGCUAACACCCCAUAUCAAACACGCACCACAGAAAUGAUGAAUAAUACUACUGCAGCAUAUCCUACACAAGGCUUCAAUUUCGGUUCCAAUGGUAAUAAUUCAUACAAUGGAAUGGGACUUGCAGGACUUAAUAUGACCUUAAGUGCUGCUGCUAUGGGUCUAGGUGGGCCCAUGGCUGCUCAAGCUCUAGAAAAUUUAAAAAUGACAUUGAGAAGUUCUGGCUAUACAGAACAAGCAACAGAUGAGAUCAGUACAGCUAUGAACACAUUAGCUAACUAUGGAAUACUAGGAAUGGGAAUAGGAGGCGUGAAUCAAAUGGGGGCUAACAUGACAGCCUCUAGCUUAGCCAACAUGCAAGGAAUGCAGAUGGCUGGCACGUCCGGAGGCAACACUUCCUUUGGUGCAACUACAUCACAAGCCUCAAGCAUGUUUGGACCUGUGGGCAGUACCACUACAGGUCAGCAGCAAUCCACUAGUCUUUUUGGCAGCUCCUCACCGAGUAUGGCAGGAGCCCCAGAUAGAUAUGGCUCCAGCCCCAUGCUCGAUACCUUUACCCAGACACCUGGAUAUGCUGCUUCAGCAAGUGCCGUUGCCUACCCUCCUCAGGAUAGGUCAACAGGUACUGUCACAGUCAAUGUGAACCAGAACUCUUUUGGUCUGGGCACUGGCAUGUAUAGCCCUACAGAUGACAAGACCUCAACUAAACAAGAAAUGGAAGUACCUGAAAAUAUAGUUGGAGCCAUCCUUGGUCCUGGUGGAAAAGGUAUUGUGGAGAUACAGCAGUACACUGGUACUAAUAUACAGAUCUCUAAGAAGGGCGUGUAUGCUCCAGGGACACACAAUCGUAUUGUGUGUAUCUCUGGUACAGUCAGCAAUAUAACAAGGGCACAGUACAUGAUCCAACAGCGUAUCCAGCAGGAGGAGUACAAGAGAGCUAGACAAGCAACUGCUCGAUAAGGCUCUACAUCACAUCUGAGAGUCAAGAAAUGAUUACUACAAAUGUAUUCAUUUUAACAUGAAAAAUUUUUCAGAAAAGUGAUAAUCUAAAUUUUUUUUUCUUUAUUUACAUGUUAAAUUAUUUUAUCCUCGUUUCAUUUGAGACACAUUUUUUUUUUUCAUUUAUUUAUUUUCUGGUUGGUCAUUUUUAUUUUGGUCCUUCAUUAUCCCUUAGUGCAGAGUUCUUUUAAUCGUCUUCUAAUUCUUGCUGUUAGAAUUCAAUAUUCUGAGUCCUUUUAACAUAGACUCUCUUUGUUGGUUUCCUUGUAUUGAUUAGUUGUAUGGAUUUUUAAACUAAGACGCAUCCUAAAUGUUUUGUUUUUCUUAUCAUUCUCAUUCUUACUCAUCCACAUACAUUUUUUUUUUUCGGCUUUAUUGAAAUCACAUCAGUUAGAGCGUUGGUUUUUAUAUGGUACUGGUCCACUGAAAAAAAUAUAAGGGCUGUGAAUAAUUUUAUUGUAUUAUAUAUAUUUUUUAAAAAAACUUAAGUCAAACAGUGCCACAGUGUACUAGUACUAAAUUGGAGAUCCACUGAGAUAUUUUUUUUUUUUUUGUUAUGUGCUGUGAUCAAGUGCUUAGUAUUCUGUGGCUGGCCAGUAGUAACUGCCUUCGCUGCUAUCAAAAAUGUAGAUCAUAAUCACCCUUUUCUCCAAAUUAGAACUUGAUUAUGUAAAAAAAAAAAAGGGCUUGAAAAAGUCCUAACACUAUACAUUUGUUUGCAUGUCUAACGAAUAGAAGAUAAGGGUGUAAUCAAACCUUCCACUGUUUCAAACUUCUAAAGUAACGUUUUGUGAUACUACAUUCUACAUUAUUGUAAUGAUGGAAAGCAUUGUGACAAAAUUUUGGCUCUGUCUAUAUUUAUUUAUUUAUUUUUGUUCGUACUAUGCAUUAGAAAUGUGUUAUUAGCUAAGCCAUACUCUAUGUGAUGAUGUUAUCAUAUCCCAUCAUUAACUGUCAUUCACAAUCAUCUCACCAUCAACUCAUCAGUGGAUAGCAUUUUUUUCCUGUGAUGUCUAUUACACUGAAAACUCACAAGGUGGCAAUAUCAGAUAUAUAUUUAUAUCUAUCUAUAUAUCUAUAUAUUUAUAUAUAGAGAGACGGCUUGUCAACUUUGGGAAGACAGCCAUUAGUUUGAUAUACAGGAAAAAAGGAAUGUGAUAAAACAUUAUUUAUGACCAUAUUAAUUUCAUACCUAAGCCUGUGUAGGGGCUGAAUACACCCAUUCUUUUUUUUUUGUUUUGUUUUUAAAUUAUAUUAUUUAAUUAACGGUUGCAUAUAUAGUCAGUGCAACUCUUAUGAAAUACUACAACCAAACAAAAUCACUUCAUGUAUGGUCUACACACCAUUUUUAGCUCAAUAAUGUCUUAGCAUUGUACAGUUUUGUCACAUUGCUUUCCUUUCUCCAUAUACAGUCAUUAACCUACAUUCACAUUACUAAAACAAAAACAUAUAUCAAUAUUUAAACAAAGAUGUCUUUCUUUUCAAGAGGAUGUAUGUUGUGCUACAGAGGAGAAUGUGUCAUGAUAUACCUGUCUGUACAGAUGCUGUUUAGUCUCUAUUAUUUAUCUACUUGUUACCCUGUGUCAUUAUGUUUUUAUUGUAGUCAGUGGUGGCACAUUAUUAUUAGCCAGAAAGGGCUCAGAACUCAAUGCUUAUCUUAACCUGAAGGUGUAUAGAAUUGUACAGCCAUCUGUGAGUAGUUUGGUGUGCAGGGGUUUGUUAUUUUACCGUUGUUAUAUUCUAGUGGUGGUCUUGUUCACUUUCAUUGUUUUUUUUUUUUCUUUUGUUUCUGUUGAACCAGGGAGAUGAAUGAACCUGAUUACACAUUUCUCUUAACAGAAAGGACGGGUAUUGUUAGGAUUAUAUUCAAACAAAUACACCUUUCUUUCAUUGACAGUUUUUUUUUUCUUCUUUCUUUUUUUUUUUUUUUUCCAUUAUAUUACCAAUCACAAAUUAACUCCUAUUUCCUAGGGAAAGAAAAAUUUCAAUUUUUUUUUGUGUAAUUUUUUAAUUAUUAAGAGUAUGAAAUUUGUGUUCAAUUAUAUUUUGGGGGGGUAUUUUCACUUUUUGUUUUUGUUGCACUUCCCUUCCUAAAACAUGAACAAGACUUAGAACCUUGAGCUUUGUAUAGCUAGUACCAUCACCAAGUUUUAUUCUCUAUUUGUUUUUGACUCCUCAUAAAUCAACAUCAGACAUUGUUGUAACUAGCCAACCCAUUAUUAAAUUAAGCCACGAGAUCUGGAUUUUGUCACAGCCCGAAGUCUUUCCUAUGUCAUGGUGUACGGGGAUAUUUGCCAUUGGCCAUCAGUCCACACUCACAUCUACACGAGCAUCUUCACUGUUGCCUUGAAACAAACAAAAGUGUCAUCUGUCAUGAAUGUCAUACACAAACAGGAGACUCUACUAAUGUGAUACAUUUCGCUUGUGAUGCUAAGGUUUUAGAGGGCUGGGUUGUCUUGAAAGAAUUGAGUAUUAAGAGCCUUUUUGUUAAAAAAUUAGUCUUCAAAGACAGUUCUUUCAGAUGUGAUAAGUAAUAGAUGUUUGCUUCAUUUUGUAUUCUACAUCUGUCCAAUAAACUUGAUGUCAUUAAUUAAUCAUUUUAUAUGCAUUCAGAUGUGUCGCAAUUACCCAUCAGGUUCCAUCCUUGUAUGCCAAUUUGCAGAUCAAAAUUCUGAAUUGUUGACAUGUACAUUAAUAAUGAAGCAUUUAUUUCAAAACAAAAUGUCAGGCUUCUUAUUGACUUAGAAUAAACAUUUCAAGAAAAACUGGUGUGUGUGGAGAGCUUAUUUGUAUAUUAAUGUAACUGUAUCCAUUUUUUUGAUGCAUCUGGCUGGCCAGGGGCAGAUAAUCCAGUCACCCCCAAAUGUUAGCGUGUGCCUCUGUAAUUGCCAGCUUAGCAGACUUGUUGGUGAGGCGUUUCUGUGGUGGGCUAGAUUGAGAUUCUGGCAAUGUUAGCUUAUUUAAAUUUACAGCUGAUCCUAUCCCCUCAGCAUAAUUGAUAGCAAGAUUAUGAAAUGUAUCCCUGAAACUGGAGAAUUUUUUUUUGUUCCAAAUGAUUUGGGUUAUUAGACAAUGACUGCAUGAGUUCAUGCAGGACUCAGUUUAGAACACUUGCACGCUAAGACAUUUUCUUUCUAAGCAAUAGUUUUGUUUUUUUAAAGUGCAGAAUUUUACUAAACAUUCGUUUGAAAGGAAUGUAUAUACAUGUAUAUUUAUCCAAUUUUAUUCCCGUAAUGAAAUGCUAAUGUGCCUAGCUAUUUCCUCUUUUAUUUCUUCAGUCUCUGAUAAAGCACAUUUGAUUGCUUUGUGUAACAUGGGAAUUACGUCUGUAGCUCUACUUCUAUCCAAUGAUACGAUGGGGAUAAAUCACCUUUGCUAGUGUUGUCAAGUAUUUAUUUUGUAAUUGUUGUCUUUAUUUAUAUCCACAUAGCUUCACUUAGUUGUGCAUGCUCCAUGGUAGACAUUAAUGUGGCUGAAGACUGAUCAGCUCGUGUCAGGUACAUUGUAUUAUGGCCACCACCUUGUUCAUGUUCUUUGACUGGCAGAGAUGCUUUAUUCCCGUAUUAUUAUUAUUAUACUAAUUAUUUAAUGCUGUAAAGAAAGGUCUGCAACCCACUAUAAGGUUGGUGAUAUAAGGAGGACUGACAUCAAGAAGCGAGAAUAUGCAGUACACACAAAAAAAAUAAAUAAAAAAGUUUUCUCAA